UCGUCCAGGAGCGAUUCUGUGAAGAGGUUUGAGAGUCCCCGUUUGAAGAUGCUGCUGCAAAAGUUUCGAUUGUCUUCGCUGGUGUGCCUGCUGGCCCUGCUGGUGGUUAUCGCCCAAGGUCAACCGUACCGUUGGUGUGUUCCGUUCAAUGAGCUUGCCAUCUGCCAACGGUUGACGGGGGCCGAGGGCAUCCGGAAUCUUGGCUGUGUCGCCGGCAACGAUCGACUGGACUGUCUGCGGAAGGUGCAGAGCCGCGAGGCGGACUUUGUCGCCGUGGAUCCGGAAGAUGCGUACGUGGCGGUCAACAUGAACAACGAGGACUUUGUGCUGUUUGCCGAGCUGCGCACCACCGAGGAACCGACGGCCGAGUUCCGGUACGAAGGUAUUGUGCUGGUCCGUACGGCCGAUGGGUUCACCAGUAUGGAUCAGCUGCGUGGCAAGAAGUCGUGCCACACCGGGUACGGCCGUAACGUUGGCUACAAAAUCCCGGUCACGAAGCUGCGCCAGAUGGGCAUCUUCAAGAUGCCGACGGAACGGAACCGUUCCCCGCUCGAGAACGAACUUGCCGGCCUGUCGGAGUUGUUUAGCUCGUCCUGCCUGGUCGGAACGUACUCCCCGAACGCCGACAUCGAUGGGCUGCUGAAGAAGCGCUACUCGAACCUCUGCGAACGCUGUGCCGAUCCGGAACGGUGUGCCGUCAACGAUCGCUUCUCCGGGUACGAGGGUGCCAUUCGUUGUCUGGUGGAGAACGAUGGUGAUGUGGCGUUCACCAAGACCAUCUUCGUUCGCAAGUACUUCGGUUUACCGAUCACACCCGGUGCCGUUGCCAAACCGGCCGUUAAUCCGGCGGUACGGGCUCAAGAUUACUCGUAUCUGUGCGAAGAUGGCACAACGCGACCAGUUAGCGACGAGAACGUUUGUUCCUGGGCCCAGCGUCCUUGGCCAGCGUUUAUGGCCAACGGUGAUCUGACCGGUAACCGCGUGCAAGAGCUACAGACGUUGCUGCAAACGUUCUACCGACAUUUUACCGAUGCGUCGGUGUCUGCGGCCGAUCUCGAAGCAGCACGUAAGCUAAGUGUUGACCGGGAGCAUGUGAUCGUUAACCGGGAGCAGGUGACCCUACCGCAGCAAUAUCUGGAACGUGCCAAGUACAAGGACGUGAUCGAGCGGGAAACGGCGUACGACUUCAAGUUCCGCCUUUGUGUCAGCACGGAAGCGGAGCGUCAAAAGUGUGACCAGAUGCAGCGGGCCGCUUACGCCCGUGAUGUCCGACCAAGCUUCGAGUGUGUCCUGAAGGGUGGGGAUGCUUGCGUGGCCGCUGUUGAGAACGGGGCGGCCGAUGCGGUUGUACUGAAGGAACCAUCGGCAGCGCUUAAGCCGAUCGUUUGGGAGAAGUACGACGAUUCGGUAACGAAUGUUGAUAAGGAUGCGAAUGGUCGUGGCCGUACCGCGGUCUACAUUCGCAAGGAAGUUGAUGAAACCAUCCAAGACAACAUCGUGCACGCGUUCACGGCAAUUUCGGACGCGUUCGGACGAGGCAAGCGAAAUGAGGUUGUGUUCACACUGUUCGGUCCAUUCCGGCUUAGCGAUGCACCGGGGAACGCGCAGGUGCAGAAUCUAAUCUUCAACGAUCAAGCCAGCGCCCUGGUGUCUUAAAUUGAAACCGACAUCAGCCUCUUCUUCAACCGUAACUCUUUUGCUACUAUCACUCAAAACAAGUUACAACUUGUGAAGUUCGUGUAGUUUAUGUAACAUUCCCUGUCGAAUAAUAAAUUGUGAGUUUUACAUAAAAAAAA